UACAGAUUUGCACGGAAGCGUUUUUUAUGAUAGUGAUUUUAAUCAUUGUCAGAUAUCAUUUUACUUGACCCAACUAUGCCACGUCCCCACUGUGCCGAGUCUCCACUGUGCUGGGUUUUUUUCUGUAUAUUAUACUUAUUAUACGUGACGUUUAUGAAAUGUAUUAUAUAUAAAUUUUAAUACACGUAAAUUGCUAUUUCAGCUUUGUACAAAUGAAGAUACAAACGCAAUCAUUUUAAAAGAUUUUCGAAUUUUUAUUUAUUUAUUUGUACAAGUGUUACAGACUUGUAGUUUAUGAACAGAAAUCUUUAACGAUGUACAGUUUUUGAGUACUAACUUUUAGUGAACAUAAAAUAGAUUAAAUUAUUUAGAAAUUGCGUUAAAUAGUUUAAUACGCGUUAAUAAUAUCAAAGAAUAAUAGUGCUUCUUGAGUGAAUUAAUUUUUAAAAAAUGAUUUUGUCAAAUCAUUCGAUUUUUGUUGUCAGUAUUUGUUUAGUUUUCCAAGUUGAUGAGAAGAAAAAUUCUGCAUAGUCCAGCGUAAUGGACACGAACCUGUUAGGGCGAGCGGCUGAAAAUCUUAUGACGCUUACCUCAGCACCUCUAAACUCUGUUUACGAAUGAGUGGACUGUAUAUUUUGGUAGGAUCGUGUGCUCACACACGAUAUUACUUGAAGUCGGAGGGGUUAUCUAUAGGAGACAAGAUGGUGUGUGAGACAAUUAACAAAGUUGUGGCAAUUAUAAAUUUGGAAGCCUUAUUUCGUGAAUGCGAUUAUGAAUUAUGUGAAAUGUGUUACAAAGUGAAACCGGAAGUAAUAUUAAAACCUUGUUUACACCGAGUAUGUGUAGGUUGUGCUUUUAAAACGAAAUAUGUGUGUAAGAUUCCAUCAUGCAAACUAUUUAUAACAAAUUAUGAUAAUAUAAAAGAUAACGGCUUAUGUUACGCUUGCAAAGAAGAAUCAUCUACAGUAACAAUGCUUCCUUGUUUUCAUAAAAUUGGCAAUAGUUGUGGUUUUUAUAAAUUAUUCUCAAAAACGGAUAGAUGUCCACAAUGUGACUUAAAAGUUAAUGAAUUUAAAAAAUUAGAAGCAGUGAAAAAUAGUUAUUGCCAAAACUGCAACGACGAACAAUCUGUAAAAAAAAUGAAACGUUGUAACCAUUAUGUUGGACACAAUUGUAUAAAUAGAAACAAAACUACUAAGUGUCCAGUAAAAAUGUGUAAUCAAAUUCAAGAUAAUUCUUCGGAAAAUGACAGUGAACAAACAUGCUGUAUUUGUCAUUUAGAAAACCCAUUGAGUGUAACAUUAAGUCCUUGCUAUCAUAAAAUAUGCAAUAAUUGUGCUAAUGAGCUAUCACUAAAAAAUGGUACUAAAUGUCCAUUAUGCAGAGAACCAAUAUUACGUUAUAAAAAUAUAGAGUUAAUAGAAAGAUGUGCAUGCAAAAAAGAACUUCGACACAUUGUAUUAAAACCUUGCCUUCACAGAAUAGGAAUAGUGUGUGCUGAUUUUAUUAGUAAUAAAAGUGAAUAUCAUCCAAAGUGUCCAAUAUGCCGCGUAAAAGUUGAAGAAUUCUGUACUGAUGAACCACUCAUAAGUAAUGCAUUAAAUCCAUCAUAUUUAAGGCGUAUAAAAAAUGUAACAUCACAUUAUUUGAGUAUAUACAAUUUAUUAUGUGUGUCUAGAUUUGAUGACUAGUAUAAUAAUGAAGGUGUUUUAAAAAGAAGAAAAUUAGGAAGGUUUUUUUUAACAUUGUAUAUUGUAAU